AUGGCAUUGCCAGCCCUACAGCACCUCCUGCGCGAGCGUGACAACCGUUGGAGAGGCAUCACGCGAUACGGGCCCUUACUCCUCAUACCCAUCUUGAUAGCAGUGAUCCUCCUCUGGAUCUUCACCGCCGCGGCCCUCGUCCACAGCGCUACUCACGUCCAGACGCGCUGUUACGGCUCCGAAUCUAGAGGCACAAGACGUUGCUAUACCUUUCAUGGCACAGGCAUCGAGUGGAAGAACACAACCAGCGCCAUCAUCCACGUCUUCCUCCGCAUCUCGAUCCUCAUCUUCGAGUCCGUGCACGUCCCGCUGCAUCUCUGGUUCUACCUCCAUUCACGUCUCCACCCCGCCUGGGCCGUCUCGUUAGCCGUGAUUCUCAUGGGCGCCUGGUGGUGCUGCGCCACUUGGAUCUUUACCUACGACUUGUUAUACGAGUACUAUGAAAUGGGGAGGUAUGGUGGUGUACUGACGGCCGCGUGGAAGGGGCUCGCUAUCUUCAGAGCCGUGCUGGGGUUCGGCGUCGCGCUGGCCUAUACAGUGUAUAUGGGGUUUGCGGCGCAUGCUGUGAAGCGGUGGAGGAGGGCGAAGAAGGGAGGGAGAGUUGCGGAUCGGGAGGAGGGGUGGAGGUCGGGGAUGGGGAGAGCCAGCGGGGAAAGGGAGGUGAACGAGGAAGACCGAGAUGAUAGCAUGGAGCUGGGGAAGCUGUAA